ACCGCCACUAUUCAGCACGUGUGUGUCACGGAUCCAUGAGUGACAGCUGCGGAUUCGGCAUGGAGGGGAUCAGCAAGGGCAGGAGGAGGGAAGCCGAGGUCUCGCUGGAUUGUCCAAGCCUGGAGUUUGAGUACAAUGAUUCCGAUCACUUGUCAGCAGAGUUAUCAGAACUGUACAGCUACACGGAGGAGCCAGAGCUGAUCCUUAACCGCAGGUGUUUUGAGGAAAGGUUUAGACUCCAAGGAGGAGAGGCCAGAUGGGCAUCUUUGGGUUUAGCACAGCACAGAACCCAUGUCAUGCGCCUCCUUGAUGAAUUGGAGGUGGUGAUCAGGGAGCAGCGAUUCUCCGCUGCCAGAGCUAUUCUGUACUUGGCACAAGGUGUGUUCGGAGAAUGUGACACUGAAUCAGAUGUUUUAUACUGGUCCCGCUAUAACUGCUUCCUCCUCCACCAGAUGGGAACAUUUGCUGUCUUCCUGGAGUUGCUGAACAUGGAGAUUGCGAACAGCCAGGCCUGCAGCAGGGCUCUGAGGAAACCAGCUCUAUCACUAGCUGACAGCACGGAGCUCCGGGUGUUCUUGAGUGUGAUGUAUCUGCUGGUGGAGAACAUAAGGCAGGUGUCACCUGGAGAUGACGCAGAAUGGAUUACACAGAGGGAGACAUUCCGCAUCGAACUUGCCUUCCCAUCUGAUGACGAGGAACCAUUUUCUCAUCUCCUUUUCACAAUGGUAACCAAGUUCUGCAGCGGCCAUUCUCCCCAUUUUCCUAUGAAAAAGGUCCUUCUACUGCUUUGGAAAGUGCUACUGUUCACACUAGGAGGAUUCUCAGAGCUACAGGCUGCUAAAGAAAAGAAAAGAGCAGAAUUGGGCCUUCCACCACUGUCUGAAGACUGCAUCCAAGUAGUGAAGAACAUGAAAGCCACAACUCCACCGUCUUAUGGCAUUGAACUAGGGGAACAGCAGAAACGUGGGCGACGCAGCCGGAGAGACAGCCUGGAUCUAUACAAUGAGAAAGAUCCUUUCAAGAGUGAAGAACCUGGAACAGAAGAGGAAGAGAAUGAGGAUUCAGAGAACAUGGUGGACACAGAGUCUGAUGCACAAGAAAGGGAUCUUAUGUCACAACCUUUGUCUGCCCUAAGGAAUAACAUGGAUAGGGUGUGCUUUCCUAAGGGUCUGCCUUGGGCACCCAAAGUGAGACAGAAAGACAUUGAAGAUUUCCUGGAGAUGAGUCGGAACAAGUUCAUUGGGUUCACCCUAGGACACGACACGGACACAUUGGUUGGAUUGCCUCGUCCUAUCCAUGAAAGUGUGAAAACUUUAAAGCAGCAUAAGUAUGUUUCCGUUGCUGACAUCCAGAUUAAAAAGGAGGAAGAACUGGAGAAAUGUCCCAUGUCUCUGGGAGAUGAAGAUGUUGAGGAGACUGCAGCGGAGUGUCUGUACAGGGCCAUGCUGUUCAACAUCCCUCAGUACAUGAUUGCCCUACUGAAGAUCCUCCUGGCAGCUGCACCUACCUCCAAAGCCAAGACUGAUUCCAUAAAUAUCCUGGCUGAUAUCCUGCCUGAGGAAAUGCCGGUCACGGUACUGCAGAGCAUGAAGCUAGGGAUUGAUGUGAAUCGUCACAAGGAGAUCAUUGUGAAAAGUUCGUCUGCCCUGUUAGUGCUGCUGCUGAAACACUUCAAGCUAAGCCACAUUUACCAGUUUGAAUACGUCUCUCAGCACCUGGUGUUUGCAAACUGCAUCCCUCUGAUCCUGAAGUUCUUCAACCAGAACAUUAUGUCCUACAUCUGCGCCAAGAACAGUAUUUCUAUUCUGGACUUCCCAUCAUGUGUUGUCCAUGAGUUGCCUGAGCUAACAGCUGAAAGCCUGGAAUCGGGAGACAACAAUCAGUUCUGCUGGAGAAAUCUCUUUUCCUGCAUUAAUUUGCUGCGGAUCCUAAACAAGCUCACUAAAUGGAAGCAUUCCCGCACCAUGAUGCUGGUGGUGUUUAAAUCUGCCCCCAUUCUAAAACGUGCGCUGAAGGUGAAGCAGGCAAUGAUGCAGCUAUAUGUGCUAAAACUUCUGAAGCUCCAGACCAAAUACCUCGGCAGACAGUGGAGGAAGAGCAACAUGAAAACUAUGUCUGCCAUCUACCAAAUGGUGCGCCACCGAAUGAAUGACGACUGGGCCUAUGGCAAUGAUAUAGACGCUAGGCCUUGGGACUUCCAGGCUGAAGAGUGCACCUUGCGGGGAAACAUCGAGAGUUUCAACAUGCGGAGAUAUGAGAAGAAUCCAAACUGGGAGUUUGCCCCAGUAGAUAACUGUUUGCAGAGUGUUUUGGGACAAAGUCUUGAUCUCCCAGAAGAUUUCCAUUAUACAUACGAGCUCUGGCUGGAAAGGGAGGUGUUCUCCAAUCCAAUCCAGUGGGAAGACCUUCUACAGUAUUCCUGACUAGGAAAUGUGCCAAUCACUUUGUCCUUCUCUCAGUCUGCUGUUUGGAUUGGAGCAGAUCCAUCUCAGGUCACUUCUCAGUGGCACGCUAAGUAAUCUAGCUAUAGAUCAGGGGAGCUCUAAAUUUAACCCUAUCAUGUUUGCAGGGAUUUAGUUGGAAGCUGAGAUAGCAGGAGAAGUGUGUGUCCUGUAACCCUGCAUAGGACUACCUAUCCAUCAUUUAGUCUGGGCCACGAGGAGAAGGUCUCAGAUGGCUACCUCUAUAUAGUAGCACGGCACUGAUGUAUAUAAUUACAGUUCUUAAAGAGGACCUAUCCCCUCUGCUGACAUGUCUGUCUUAGUGACUACAUGCGUUCCCCAUGUAAUAACUAUUUCGGAGCGUCUAUUCUUAUUGUGCUAUUCCUGU